AUGCGGAAAAGUUCCAUUCACCGUAAGUGCAUCCCAAACGGGGAUUUAUACGACCCCAUCCUACGCCCUUGGACAAAGAAUUUUGUCGCGUAUGUAACCCUAAAUAAACAAAACCAAGAUAUAAACGAAGGAAACAGGGGAGAAGGCCCGCGCUGCUACUGCUCCCACCACCUCCCCCCCUCCUUCGUAUCUACAAGGCGGCGGCGGACGGCCGAGAUGGCGGCGGCUGUGUCGCGUGACGACGAGCUGGUGGUGAAGUCCCCCAGCGACAACCGUUCCUACCGCCUCCUCCGCCUCGCCAAUGGCCUCUGCGCCCUCCUCAUCCACGACCCCGAGAUCUACGCCGACGGCGGCCCUGCCCCCAAGCCCAACGAAGACGUGGACAUGGACGACGGGGACGACGAAGAAGAUGACGAGGAGUAUAGCGACGAGGAGGGGGAGGAUGACGACGACGAAGAAGGUGAGGAGGACGAGGAUGGGAGCGAGCCCAAGAGGAAGAAGGACAUGGGCAGCUCCGAGCCGGUCAUUAAGAAGGCUGCUGCUGCAGUGUGUGUUGGAAUGGGCAGUUUUGCGGACCCUCCAAAGGCACAUGGCUUGGCUCAUUUUCUAGAGCACAUGCUUUUUAUGGGGAGCUCUGUUUUUCCAGAUGAAAACGAGUAUGACAGUUACCUGUCCAAACACGGUGGUUCAUCCAACGCUUUUACCGAAACUGAGUACACAUGCUAUCAUUUUGAGGUCAAUCGGGAGUAUCUAAAGGGAGCCUUAGACAGAUUUUCUCAGUUCUUUGUAUCACCUCUUGUUAAGGCUGAAGCUAUGGACCGCGAGAUUUUAGCAGUAGACUCAGAGUUCAAUCAAGUUCUGCAAAGCGAUAGCUGCCGCCUUUACCAACUGCAGUCCCAUACUUGCUCUCAAGGGCACCCAUUGAAUAGAUUUACCUGGGGAAACAAGAAAAGCUUGUCGAAUGCAAUGGGCAGUGGAAUCAAUCUAAGGGAAGAGAUUUUGCAAAUGUACAUGAGUAACUAUCAUGGAGGGAUGAUGAAGCUAGUUAUAAUUGGGGGAGAACCCCUUGACACUCUAGAAGCCUGGACCAUGGAGCUAUUCAGUGAAGUUAAAGCUGGUCCUCUGUUAGAAAUAAGUCCAAAGACUGAUAUGCCUUUCUGGAAAUCUGGUAAACUUCAUAAGCUAGAGGCUGUCAGAGAUGUUCACAGUCUUUUCCUGUCAUGGACACUUCCUUGCCUGCACAAGGAAUACAUGAAGAAACCAGAAGAUUACUUGGCACAUCUCCUUGGUCAUGAGGGCAAGGGUAGCUUGCUAUAUUUUUUGAAAGCUAAAGGUUGGGCUAGCACAUUGAGUGCUGGCGUUGGCACUGGAGGAACACAACGAUCCUCGUAUGCCUAUAUCUUUGAGAUGUCUAUCCGCCUUUCUGAUUCUGGACUUAAAAAUCUCUUCGAGGUCAUUACAGCUGUGUACCAAUAUAUAAAUUUACUUAAGCAGUCUGAGCCGCAAGAAUGGAUAUUUAAGGAACUUCAGGACAUUGGGUACAUGGAAUUCAGAUUUGCAGAAGAGCAACCUCCAGAUGAUUAUGUAGUAGAUCUUGCAGAAAAUAUGCUAUUUUAUUCUGAAAAACACAUAAUUUCUGGAGAAUAUAUUUAUGAGGGAUGGGAGCCAGAGUUAGUCAAGCAUGUUCUGAGCUUCUUUCAUCCAGACAACAUGAGAGUUGACAUACUUAGCAGAUCAUUUGAUAAACAGUCCCAAGCCAUUAGAUGUGAACCAUGGUUUGGUUCACAGUACAUUGAAGAGGAUAUUCCGUCAUCUUUGAUUGAAAGCUGGAGAAAUCCUGUGGAGAUAGAUGGUAAUUUUCAUUUACCUCGGAAGAAUGAAUACAUCCCAGGGGACUUCAGUCUGCGUAAUGCUAGCAUUCCUAAAUCCUCAAACGAUGAUAAUCCUCGAUGUAUUGUGGAUGAACCAUUCAUAAAGCUCUGGCACAAGAUGGAUAUUACAUUUAAUGUUCCUCGUGCCAAUGCAUACUUUUUGAUUUCUGUCAAGGAUGGCUGUAGCAGCCUCAGAAACUCUGUUCUGACAGAUCUGUUUGCAAACCUUCUUAAAGAUGAGCUAAAUGAGGUCCUCUAUCAGGCUUACGUGGCUAAACUCGAGACAUCAUUAUCUGUCGUUGGUAGCAACCUUGAGCUAAAGCUUUAUGGUUACAAUGACAAGCUGGCCAUCCUGUUGUCCCACAUCUUGGCUGCUUCUCAAUCCUUUUCUCCAAAGAUAGAUAGGUUUGAGGUCAUCAAGGAGGACUUGGAAAGAGCUUACAGAAACACGAAUAUGAAACCUAUGAGCCAUUCCACCUACUUGAGGCUACAGUUCUUACGUCAAAUAUUCUGGGACGUCAAUGAAAAAUUGAAAGUUCUUGCGACGUUAACCUUUCCAGAUCUGGCAGCAUUUGUUCCAGAGCUCCUUUCUCAGUUGCACAUCGAGGGCCUAUGUCAUGGUAACCUGUUAGGAGAGGAAGCGAUAAAUAUAUCAAAAAUAUUCCAGAAUACUUUGUCAGGCCAGACACUGUCAGUGGAGGCAAGACAUGGUGAAAGAGUUCUUUCCAUUCCUCAUGGUGCAAAUUUUAUUAGAAGUGUACGUGUGAAGAAUGAUCUUGAAGAGAAUUCUGUGGUUGAGGUUUAUUUUCCAGUCGAGCAAGACAUCGGAAAGGAGUCAACAAGGCUGAGAGCCAUUACAGAUCUUUUCAGCAAUAUCAUUGAAGAACCUUGCUUUGAUCAGCUGAGAACGAAGGAGCAGCUUGGUUAUACUGUGGACUCCAGUCCAAGGAUGACUUACCGCCUGCUGGCGUAUUGUUUUCGAGUUAUGUCCUCCAAGUAUAGCCCUGUUUACCUGCAAAGCAGGAUUGAUAACUUUAUUGAUGGUCUGUCUGCUUUGCUGGAUGGGCUUGAGGAGGAGACUUUUGAGCAUCACAAGAGUGGGCUAAUAGCUCAAAAACUUGAGAAGGAUCCUUCCCUUAGCUAUCAAACUGGUGAUUACUGGUCGCAGAUUACCGACAAAAGGUAUAUGUUUGAUAUGUCAAAACUGGAAGCUGAAGAGCUAAGGACAGUUGGGAAGGAGGACGUCAUCAGUUGGUACAAUACCUACAUAAGAUCAUCUUCUCCAACACGUAGACGAUUGGCAAUACAUGUGUAUGGUUGCAACUCGGAUAUUGCUGAGGCUGCCAAGCUGCAAGAGCAGUCAUGGACUGCAAUUGAUGAUGUUGAAUCCUUGAAGGGUUCUUCCCAAUUUUAUCCGAGCCUCUGCUGA